AUACAUACAAAGCGGAAAGGUUAGAGUAUAAUUGCGCAGAUAGAGGAGACAAGAUGUAACAUAACUGUAUAACUGUUGACUACCUAAGAUAAAGAAAGUCUACGCAUGUAGAUUAAUACCCUUGACCAAAAAAGCUCUAGUUCAUCAUUGAGGCCGAAACCCCUCUGAUCCUGCGUCAGCUUUCUAAUAUCUAGCAUGUCUUAUGUUGAAUCUAUGCGGAUUAUCUCAUGCUUAUUUCCGGUCUAGCGUUACACACCACAUAUAAAUUCAAAUAUACAAGAGAGAUAUAAACCGCAUCUAAAGACUAACAAGAUGAGCCCAGUUCCCAUAACUAUCACAGGAUCGCUAUGUGAGCUUUGCUAUCAAUUCAUCGAUAACCUCUUCUCCUUCAACUUUACUAUACAGGUCGUUUAUCCAGCGCGGUGGCAGCCAGUAGGUUCAGAAUGGACACCCGAGAAGCCCUGGGGAGAUGCCUUCCAUCACCAUGAGACAUUCGAAGACCUCACAAAUAGUGCCAAGACGUGUGAGCUUUGUAAUGUCCUCUACGUGGACCUUGCGCCUUUGGACACAACUCUACAUCAAGGCUGGUUAGGUUUAUAUCCGUUUUGGUCCUCAGGUCGUGCAGGAGACAACCAACUGAAAGGCCAUUUUCGCGUUGGCUUUCGCGAUUCUCUGCAGAAUAUGCCCUGGGGAAGCAGCAAAAUUGGAAGUAUCCCACUACAUAGUUUUAGAACCUGCCGACGGAAGCCUCUGGGAAAGGGUGAGGAGGUACACUGGCUAGAUGCUUAUAGGAGAAUCCCAGCCGUAUCAACGACUCUAAGCCCAUCACAUAUCUCUCGAGUGGCGGCUGAGUGGCGGCAAGAGUGCACCGAAGCUCAUCCAAACUGUGCUAAAUCCAACUCGGAUAAUGUACUUCCAACAAGGGUAGUCGAUAUAAGCGAUAGUGAAACAGGACGAAUCCGUAUAUACGAAUCAAAAGGGGAAAUGAUGCCAUAUGCCACACUCAGCCAUUGUUGGGGCGGUAUAAUCCCGUCCGUCACCACAAUAGCUAACUUGAAGGUAAGAACUAGUGGAAUGGACAUCGAUGAACUACCCCAGAACUUCAGGGACGCUAUCGAGGUUACCAGAGCCCUCGGGUUACGAUACCUGUGGAUAGACGCUCUGUGCAUCAUCCAAGACUCGAAGCUGGAUUGGGAUCAGGAAGCUGGGAGGAUGUAUUCCGUGUACGCGGGUGCCUCGAUAGUGAUAUCUGUCCUCGAUUCUGCGGGCAGCACCAAGGGCUUUCUUAAGCCGAACAGACCACCACUGUCGCUAAUAAGCGACGAAUAUGCCGUCCAGAAGGUGUAUCUUGAGAUUAAUGAAUACCUUACGGAAUGCCCGUUAAACGGCCGCGGUUGGUGCAUGCAAGAAAGACUUCUGGCCAAACGUGUGUUGCACUUUGGAAAGGAGCAGAUGUUCUGGGAGUGUCUCACUGAUUUUAAGUGCGAGGACGGGAAAAAUUAUACCGGCGAGUCGGACGGGCACUUCGUGGCAAAGUUCAUGCAGAUCCGAAAACAGAUUGGUGUAUGCGCCGCCAAAGGUGUUGAGUUAGAUUGGAAGGCAUGGUAUCAGUUGCUAGAAGAGUACACUACACGGAAGUUCACCAUUUCUACUGACAAGCUACCUGCUGUUGUUGGAGCUGCGGCAUUAUUCAAGUCUACCAAGCCAACUGCGACGUAUAUUGCCGGCUUAUGGCAGGAAGAUAUCGCGCGUGGUCUCCUAUGGUGCGCCCACUAUUACCACGCGCCAGGCCGGAAAGUUUGGGGAAUAUCAACAACCGACGAGAUCUCCGUACUAUCUAAACCGCCUACGAAACGCGCACCCAGCUGGAGUUGGGCUGCCCUCGAUGGCGCACUCGACUUUUGGGCACUCCGGAUCGGGGGGUUUGUCGUUGAAGUCUUAGAUGUGGCAAUGGAAGCUGAGAAGGAGGUUAUACAUGGCUAUCCGGAUGGAAGUAUAAAACUCAGGGGCCGCCUUGCGCAGAUGUUUUAUCACCCCCCGGAAGAUAGUAAACACGACGUCGGUGUCUUGACAUUUGAGCCAACCGACUCUCCAAAUUUUCUUUCCGGGCCAGUCCAUAGCUGUGUCAUGGAUUUAGAUCGUCAGUCACCGCGACUAUGCUGGGCGUUGGUAAUGACGGAGUCACCUAACGACAAGUACUUGCUUGUUCUUCACAUGCGCAAGGACGGAUCCUACCGGAGGGUCGGAAUGAGCAAUGUACAAUGGCGGGAGGUUGAUCUAGCGAGGUUUAGAACACAAGAAAUACGUAUCACUUAAAAUCAUCAUAAUGAAAAUACGAAAUGAAUAAUUGUCACUUGACAAUGGGAAACUCGGCACGGGUCACAAUCAGGUUAAUCAUGGACGGCAACACCGGUUGCUUUGAACAUUAUAG